CAAAAGAUCUACCUCCACUCAAAAUGGCAUCAAAAAUCAUCAUAUUCGUCACCGCCUUGGCGUACGCUAACGCUGGUUUGAUCGGCACCCCUGCAGUGGCUACCUACUCUGCUGGACCAGUUCUAUCUGCUUACUCUUCUCCACUGAUUGCUGCACCCGCAUUAUCGAGAUCAUCAGUGGUGAACAGCUACACCAAUCACGGAUCCCCAUUGAUUUCUGCUUACUCAGCUCCCGCUGUGUCCACAUACACUGCCCACAGUCCAGUAGUGUCAUCUUACGCUGCCCAAUCGCCACUUAUUUCCAGCUACGCUGUUCAAGCACCUCUUGUAUCCGGUUAUGCUGCCCAUGGAUCACCACUGAUAUCAGGAUACGCUUCUCACAGUGCUCCAGUACUAUCGACCUACUCUGCACCUGUUGUCUCUCAAUGGUGAAU